AUGUAUGCCAACAACGUGAGCAAUCUGGACCGGAUCCUGUCGUCUCUACCGUGUUACUAUCAAAGCGCUCGUGUCCGUGGAGACGUGUUCAAUCUUUUGGGCCAAAUUCCGUCACUGCGGCCAAAUUGCGGUACUUUUGCUUACAAUGACGGAAGUACCAGUACACUGCUGAAUCUGGAAGGAACGAUUCCGAUCUUCUAUCGGGACAAUCAGUACAAUAUUCCAGUGGAAUUAUGGAUCGUUGAAGCGUACCCCAUGGCUCCCCCUGUCUGUUUUGUACGUCCGACGGCGGAUAUGAUGGUGAAGCCUGGACACCCGCACGUGACCAGCGACGGAUUCGUCAAGAUCCCGUAUACUGUAGACUGGCAGCCAGACUCUACCCUAUUGGAGCUGGUGGCCCACAUGUGCUCCCUCUUUGGCAACAUACCGCCCGUUUUCCGGCGACCAGUGACAUCCAGACCGAUGCCACACCAGGAUAGACUUGACGGCAGCUCUACGUCGGUGUCAAGUGGUGGUAGUAGCACGGGAGGUUAUUUUCAGCGUGGAUCUCAGGCGCAGUCACGAAGACCACAGCCAUCACCGUAUUAUAUUCCACAAUUCAAGACCCAGUCGAGACAGGAUCUAUUGUCUUCUGAGGGCGCUUAUGAUACCAAUUUGCUGUUUGGAAGCAGUGCGCAAUCAGUCGAAAGAGGGUCGUCAGUAUCGGGAUCUCAAUUGUACGCAUCGGAAGGGAUGUCGAACGGCAUGAGACCUGAAGACCGUGCUGCUGCACUAAAGGUUGAGGUGACACGAAAGAUUCAGAUGCAGUUGGAAAAACACUUCAAACAUGUCCGCGAUGACAUCGAUCUUCAGUUUGAGCAUGAAGUACAGCUCACACAGUCGCGCGAGAACGUCGAACGUGGCCUGCAGUCAUUGCGUUUUCUGCGUGACGACCUGACUCGCGCACAAGGCAUUUUGGACGCACAGGAUGAAAGUAUCAGUGUGUGGCUCGAAGAGAACGAGAACAAAGAUGCACUGGACCCCGACGCCAUUUUGGUCGAAGGCGAUGACCUCUCUAAACAAAUGAUCACAACGCUAGCAGAAAGUCACUCUAUCGACGAUGUGCUCUACUAUAUGGACCGCGUUUUGAGCAAUGACGAGAUUGAGCUGUCCGUAUUUUUAAAGGAAGUACGGAAACUCUCGCGUAAGCAAUUUAUGUGCCUGGCACUCGUACAGAAAAUCCACGCCAGACAGCAAGAGCUCGCGUCGUCCUUGUAUUAUAGAAGUCCACGAGAUUAG